UUUAGAAAACUGGUAAACAUACUCCAGAAAAUAUAAUACGACAGCAGCAACAACAGCAACAACAACGAAACCAAAAAAAAAAAAAUUUUAUGCUGUUCCGUUGAUCAAAGACGGAUUUACUUUCAACUCCAAGUUCGUGGCAUUUAUAGGGGCUUUGCUCCCCGGUAUCGCUUGUUAUUUAUGUAUCGGAUAUACAUACUUAUUUCAGUCUCAUAUGGCUGCUAAUUUUACAAGCGAAGAAUGCCCCACAAUUAGAAGUAUAAUGCCACCAGUUAGCUUUUCAAUAAGCACUGAGCCACAAAAAUAUUUUUGGCUUUUUGUAAUGUUUAUUCAUGUUCCGGGACGAUUACUGGUUGUGAUAGUAAGUUACAUCUUUUUACGUGCAAAAAAAACAUGCAACCUUACUUUAUCAUUAUUUCUUCUUCUUCCUUUUAUUUUUUUCUCUGUUAUUUUUACCCAUAAAAUUUAUUUCGACUAUUCAUCAACAGCAAAAACAGUUACUAAUUUUCUAAACAACACAUAA